GCAGUUUUUACAAAUUUUCAACGAUCAAAAAGUUGUAGCAACCUGUCAACAAAAGACACACUUUGUUGUUGUAAAAAUUUCUCCCUUAGGUUAGUUAAUAUUAAAAUCUUAUAAUGCCUGUUCAAAAAUACAAAAUUGGCGAUGAUGUGUAUGGAAAGUGGCCUGGAAGUUCACUUUACUACAAAGGAAAUGUAACUGAGUAUGACCCUAUUGAUAAUGUGUACAAGCUCAAAUUUGAAGAAGAUUCAAGUGCAACAGACACAGAGGUUAAUGCGAAAGAUGUAAAGGCCCUCAACUAUUUUGAAAAGUCAAAGACAAGAAGAAGAUCGCGAAGUUCUAGCCCCAGUCGACGUAGAAGGUCCAAAUCACCAGCACGGAAAACAUCCCCAUCGCGGAGAGCAUCCCCAGCCAGGAAAUCUUCUCCAGCAAGAAAAACUUCUCCCUCACCAAAGACAAGACUUCCUCGAUCACCUGCACGUCAAGUCACACAAAAGUUACUUCAGUCCACCAGAUCUGCAACCGUUUCAGUUAAAAAGGUUAGCAGCGAAAAGUCAGUAAAUAUGAAGUUUAUUUCAGAUUCUUCUGUUGAUGGAAAAGUAGAGGAUGUUAGACACCAGCCUGUAUUAAACCAGCCAUCUGAGGUUUACACAUUACCUGUCAGGACAGAAACAUCAUCAGUUGUUACAACAAGAAGAAUGACAAGAUCUGUUGCUCGUGCAACACAACAAUCCGCUGAGAUGGAUGAAAAAGAAGUAAAAGUCAAUGACACUGACAAUGGUGUAAUAUCUAAAUUUGCAUGUUUAAUUCAAUUUUCACUUUCAUGCAAAUAUCAUCUGCUUUUGAUGUUACUGCCCUUAAUGCUUGUUUAUGGUUUGUUCCUGACAUGCAAAACUGAAAAGAAAUGCACCAUCAUGAAAUUACCAUUGAUUCCUAAAUUUGAAAAGUUUUUCAAGUGGAAGUCCCUUAGUUAUGUUUUUGGUUGGUUUACAUUUCAGGCUGUUAUCUCCAUGUUGCCAUUUGGAAAAAUUGUUGCUGGUCCCACUCACCCAGAUGGGUCAAGGUUGCAGUAUAGAUUAAAUGGACUUGCAUCUUUCUUUAUAUCCUUUGCUGUGUUUAUCACCGCACAGUACUUUAAAAAGUAUCCAGCAAUGUUUGUGACAACCAAUUUGGUGAGUUUGGUUACAGCUUCGUGCUUAUUCACGCUGUUUCUAACUUGUGUGGUUUUCAUUCACUCUCGAUGUGGAUGUGCAACUGCAGAACCAAGUGGUGGGAUGUUUGCUGAUUUCGUGUGUGGGCGCGUGACUAAUGCUAGAUUUUUCAAAGGAACCCUUGAUAUCAAAAAAUUUGCUCUGAUGUCUAGCCUUAUUUCAUGGGGCAUCUUGAGUGUUUACUUCCUUAUGAAAGCAGUAAAUACUUCAAGCUUCAAAGAUGUUUUGAAAACAAAUCCUUCUUUGGUUAUGCUUGUAGCAUUUCAACUAUGGUUUAUCUUGGACGGAAUCUUUUUCGAGGAAACCUUUUUACACUCAGGUUACAUGUCACAAAAAAUUGGUUACACAUAUUUGUUCACCAUGUUUGGUCUUAUUCCGUUUUUUAACUCUGUACAAGCAAGAUAUCUGGUCCUGUUUCCUGUAUCUUUACCUUGGUACUGUUACGUCAUUCCGGUGUUGCUUUAUGUGAUUGGCUAUUAUAUUUAUCGAGUUUCAACGUUGCAGAAAUUCAAUUUCAGGAAGGACCAACAUCAAGCUAAACUUUCAGGUGUAAAUUACAUCGUCACAGCUAACCAGAAGAACAUUUUGAUUAGUGGAUGGUGGGGAAGAGUGCGACAUCCAAAUUAUCUAGGUGAUCUAAUGAUGCGAGUAGCUUGGAGUUCACUCUGCGGCUUUCAACAUGGUCUUCCAUGGAUUUCACCCCUCAUCUUUCUUGGCAUAAUUAUUACGGCAGCUUUCCGAGAUGAUGCUAAGUGCAAACAGAAGUACUCUUCGAGUUGGGAGGAAUACCAAAAUGAAGUUAAAUACAAAAUUAUUCCAUAUGUGUUUUAACAAGAUGUUAUUUUAGAGUAGUAUAUAGUUCACCUAUUUUUGCGUAUGAUAGAAGACUUGGUGUGAGAAUUUCUAUUGUUACUAAAAACGUUCAAGUGCGUCACCUAUUUUGGUGAACUUUUAGAUGUAUAUAUAUAUAGUCUAUAUGACCUGUAUGAUUUUAUAUGUUUUAACUAUGCACUUAUUAUUUUAACACUAUAUUCCUAUGCGUGCGAUUAAUUUUUUUUGUGUGUGUGCUUGUUGACGUGUAUUUUUUUCAUGGAAUAAAAGCCUGCUUUAUUUAGUAAGCUUUUAAAAAAGAGCCUCUGGAACAUUACGAAUUAAAUCAAUUAAAAUCUCAAAAUCGAAUUUUUGACCAAAAUCGGGUAUUUUUUAUUGGUGAGCCACCUUAAUGCGCAAUGCAAUGCAAACGCUUGCAUUUUUUUCGUCUCAACAAUUCAACCUUCGUGUAUGCCAUUUAAAGUGGGAAACUAUCGAGUCGUUUCGUAACCUUUUUCAGAUGUGUUUUGCAUUAGCGGUUUAAUUCUAUAAACUGAUAGAAAAUAAUUACACAGUAUUGUAGUAUAUCGAUGUUAUUUAUAAAGAAUACAUGUUCAUAGCAUGCA